AUGUGGCUUAACACUACUGCUCCCUAUUUCCUGCUUACUGGCUUCCCAGGCAUGGAGAAGGCACAUCACUGGAUCUCCAUCCCGUUAUUGGUGGCCUAUAUCUCCAUACUUUUUGGCAAUGGUACUCUUCUCUUUCUCAUCAGGGAUGACCAUAACCUCCAUGAGCCCAUGUACUAUUUCUUAGCUAUGUUGGCCGCUACAGACCUUGGAGUAACAUUGAUUACAAUGCCCACCGUGCUGGGUGUUCUGUGGUUAAAUCACAGGGAGAUUGGCCGCAGGGCCUGCUUUUCUCAGGCUUAUUUUAUCCAUACUCUUUCUAUGGUGGAGUCAGGUGUCUUGCUUGCCAUGGCCUAUGACCGUUUUAUUGCCAUCCGCAAUCCCUUAAGAUAUACCUCCAUCCUUACCGGCACCCAGGUAAUAAAGAUUGGGGUAGGGGUAUUGACAAGAGCCAGUCUGUCAAUUAUGCCAAUAAUUAUUUGCCUGCACUGGUUUCCCUAUUGUCGAUCCCAUGUGCUCUCCCAUGCUUUCUGUCUCCAUCAAGAUGUCAUCAAGCUAGCCUGUGCCGACAUCACCUUUAAUCGUCUCUAUCCAGUUGUGGUUGUAUUUGCAAUGGUACUGUUGGACUUUCUCAUAAUCUUUUUUUCCUACAUUUUGAUUCUCAAGACUGUCAUGGGCAUUGCUUCUGGAGAAGAAAAGGCCAAGGCCCUCAACACAUGUGUCUCCCAUAUCUGCUGCAUCCUGGUCUUCUAUGUCACUGUAGUAGGUCUGACAUUUAUUCAUAGAUUUGGAAAGCAUGCUCCUCAUGUGGUCCAUAUCAUGAUGAGCUAUGUCUAUUUCCUUUUCCCCCCUUUUAUGAACCCUGUCAUCUAUAGCAUCAAAACCAAGCAGAUCCAGAAUGGUAUGCUGCGCUUGCUCUCUCUGCCUUGCUCUAAAGCAUGA